UGACGAGGGAGGGUGUGACUGUGGGAGGAGGGAAACCAAACCUAGACAUUUUCUUUACAAUUGAUUAACCCAUUUUUUGAUAAGUACCUGAAAUCCUCCCCCGCCAAGUGGUCAGUCAGAAACUAAUACUCGUAAUAAAUAAGUAGUAAUAAUAAUAAUAAUGAUGUCGGAUGGAGAUUACAUGGAACGAAACGCAGCAGCGGCUAGGUUUUUAUCUCUACCUAAAGACGAUCAAUAUAAAUGGGUACAGGGAGUGAUCUAUCUAGGUCAUCUGUCUGAGGAAAGGAAACGAUACCAAAGAUAUUUACUAAAUAAAAAAAUAAAAAACUACGAGCAGAUUUCAUAUCUAAACGAGCAAGAAUUGAUAAAUGUGGGGGGUUUGGGCAGAGAAGAGGCCGAGAGUCUUUACAAUCGAUCUCAGAAGAAGCCCUACAAGUGUCCAUCCCUUCUAGGACGUUUAGAACAAAAAAAGUUUAAAGAAAUGAUGAUGGGACUCACGGUAGAAGACGACGAAGAAUUAAUAUACCCACAAUCUGAUGAUGAUGGGGCUUCUUCAGAAGCAAACUCCAAUCAGACUGAUGAAGGAGCUUGUUCAAUUAGAAAAAUCAAUUGUUAUGAUGACCAAGGAAAAAAAGAAUUGGUGGAGAUGGUUAAAAGUUAUCAGAUGAAGUUAGAGGAGUUGAAUCAGAUAGCAAAUAAAAGGAAAAGUAACUUGAGGAAUUGAUUGAUUGAUUGUACAAGAAUGAUGAUCCCAUUUUAUCCACCAAAGCAAAUUAGGCACUAAUUAAAGACGUUUUUCAAUCUGAUAAAGAAGAAAAAGAAGAUAGUUAACAACUGGUAGUUUUAUGUCUUCUUAUGUCAACUUUGUUUCUUUUAUCAUCCCUUUUUCCAUCUAUAUAUAUUUUUGUUGGGGGAGAA